AUGACACUUCCACUAUUCAAGGAAUUAACUGCCCCUAAUGGCAAGAAGUUCAACCAGCCACUUGGGCUUUUCAUCAAUAAUGAAUUCGUUAAGUCACAGUCCGGCGAGACUCUUACGACGAUCAGUCCAACGGAUGAAACCGAGAUUACCGAUGUCUACGCCGCAGAUGCUGCAGAUGUAGAUAUCGCUGUGAAAGCUGCUCGUGCAGCCUUCUUAAAUCCAGCUUGGUGUGACAUAUCACCAGUCGAGCGUGGACAGCUGCUCUAUAAACUUGCGGAUCUGGUUCAACAACACGAGGAACAACUGGCUACGAUAGAGACUUGGGAUAUGGGAAAGCCAUAUACUGUUGCCAAGGCAGAGGAUCUUGCGGAGAGCGUGAAGGUAUUCAAGUAUUACGCCGGUUGGGCAGACAAAGUUGAAGGACGCACCAUCGACACUGGUCCAAAUAAGCUUGCAUACACUCUACAUCAACCAGUUGGAGUUUGUGGACAAAUUGUCCCUUGGAAUUAUCCUUUGAUGAUGGCUGCCUGGAAACUGGCACCAGCACUUGCCUGUGGAAACACGGUUGUUCUUAAAUCGGCAGAACAAACCCCACUUUCGGCUCUUUACCUCGCACAACUUGUCAAAGAAGCCGGGUUCCCUCCGGGUGUCGUUAACAUUCUCACCGGAUACGGUAAAACAGCUGGUGCAGCCAUUGCGGGACACGAAGAUGUCGAUAAAAUCGCCUUUACUGGCUCCACGGCAACGGCUAGGCACAUUAUGAAGGCUGCUAGUGUAAAUCUGAAGAAUAUUACAUUAGAGACUGGAGGAAAGAGUCCCUUGAUCAUUUUCGAAGAUGCAGACCUGGAACAAGCUGUCAAGUGGGGACAUGUCGGUAUCAUGCAUAACAUGGGUCAGGUUUGCACUGCUACCUCUAGAAUUCUCGUUCACGAGAGCGUUUAUAGCAAGUUUAUCGAAAGAUUCAAGGAAGAAACAGCGAAGGUCUCCGUUGUUGGAGAUCCGUUUUCCGAAAAAACUUUCCAGGGCCCACAAGUCUCCAAGCAGCAACAUGAACGUAUUUUGGAGUACAUUGAACAUGGAAAGGCCGAGGGUGCUACCCUCGUUUCUGGGGGAACACCCCAUGGAGAGAAAGGAUUUUUCGUGGCCCCGACAAUUUUUGCUGACGUGAAAGCUCACCACAAAAUCAAUCAGGAAGAGGUCUUCGGUCCUUUCGUUGUUAUUGACAAAUUCUCGACCCAGGAAGAAGCCAUUUCAAGAGCAAAUGGUACGCAAUAUGGCCUAGGAGCAUCAAUCUUCACAAAGGAUAUUACAAGAGCACACAGGGUUGCCGCAAAGCUUGAUGCUGGAAUGGUUUGGAUCAACAGUUCUAACGAUAGUCACUAUGCUAUACCUUUUGGAGGUGUCAAGCAAUCUGGUAUUGGUAGAGAACUCGGACAGUACGCUUUAUCAGCUUACACAAAUGCCAAAGCGGUGCAUGUGAACCUGGGAACCGUGCUCUAG